GACAUGUAACGGGGGUCUAUUUUAGUGAGCCAUUCACACGCAGGAUUCAAACCAUUAAUCCUUCAUGAAAAACAUAUAAUGUUUAUUCUUCCUCGACGCCACCACACAACUUGUCUUGCCCUGAUUGCCUCCUAGUUCAAGCAUCCAUAUAGAGAAAUAACCAUGUCUGAAGGACCGAAACAAACAAAGUACACUGCCACAAGGCGGCUGCUCUUAAAAAGCAAAUUAUUAAAGAAGGCCAUAUCUAUGCUGGCAGCUGAAAAAGAGCAGAACAAAAGAGAGAGGGACGAUGCUCUGAAUGAGAGGGUUCCUCCUCUCAAUCUAUCUGGUCUUUCUGCACAGGAGCUCCAGAUCCAGUCCUUGACCCAGAAGAUUUGGGAAAUGAAGGGCACAAAGCAACGAAGCAAACUGAAGAAGGUUAAGAAGUCACAUGAUUCCAAGUUCGAUGCGCUGACCGAAUGCAAAUUGUCAUCAAAGUCAGAUUUCAAAGCCAACCUGAAGACAGUAAAGAAAGAAGAUGAGAAGAAAGAAGAGGUGACUGAUUGGCGUAAGAAUGUGGAGGCCAUGUCUGGAAUGGAGGGCAGGAAGAAGCUGUUUGAUGCUGGACAGUGAUUACGCAGUAAACUUGUCACUUGACAUCCAGCACAUUUACCACAUUUUAUGUUCUUUGAUUCAAAGUUGACCUUGUUUUUUACUUCUCAUACUUCUGUAACAAUAAAUGUGUACCAAGAUGAGAAGGCUUUCAAUAUACACAGUUUGAAGCAAGAAAAUCCAAAACACAAAUUUGAUGUCUUGUGACCAAAAAUGUCAAUUAAACACACAAAAACUGUUUAUAAUUUUCAUAGGUUUGCUGUCCUUUACUGCAAUUUAUGGACAGUCUAUACAAAUGUGUCUACAUCUGAAACUAAAAUUGAUAUUUUGUAUAUAAAAUGUUAAAUACAUAUAUGAAUGAGAGCUAUAAUGAGACUGGAAAUGAAUUGUGUGCAAUGUUGUGAAAUAGUACUGUUCAGGAAUAAAAGAUGUCAGAUAUUGUAACACUUUUUACAUUACUGGAAGUAAAAACUGCAAUAUAAUGGCAUUCCAAAAUAAAUGAUCCCAUUCAACAGA